UUUGGAUAACACUUAGUUGUUGUGCCCUCUCUCUCUUUAUACAUCACAAAGAUUAGAUGGAAAAAUGAAUCACAAAGCAUAUAGAAAAAGAAACAUUCCAAGAAACGAAAAAUGGUAAUCAUAAAAGCUUCAUACAAUGUGACUCCAAAUGAACCAACUCCAAAUGGUUAUUUGUGGCUCUCUGAUUUAGAUCAGGUUGUGCGUCUAAGCCACCUACCACUUAUUUUAAUUUACAAACCGAAACAGAACCCAGAGAAUGUCAUUGAAACCUUGAAAAACUCUCUCAGCAAGAUUCUUGUUCAUUACUAUCCUAUCGCUGGUCGUUAUUCUUAUACCAAAGGUGGUCGAGUUGAAGUGAAUCUCAAUGCAAAAGGAGCUGUUUUGACAGAAGCUGAAACAACAAAAACAGUUGAUGAUUAUGGUGACUUUUCACCUUAUGAAUCUACCGGAGAGCUUAUUCCAAAAAUCGAUUAUAAUCAACCCAUAGAAGACAUUCCAUUGUUUCUUGUUCAAGUCACACGAUUCUCAGACAAAGAUGAAGCUUCUGCAUUCGCUAUCGGAAUUGCUUACUCUCACCCUUUAUCCGAUGGUGCUGCUUUUACCAAAUUGUUAAAUUCAUGGGCCAAAAUAGCAAGAGGUGAAACACUAGAUUCUAGUGAAAUACCCUUUUUAGACAGAACAAUUCUCAAAUUUUCACACACCCCAUUUGAACCAUGUUAUGAACACAUAGAGUUAAAGCCACCACCAUUCAUUCUUGGAAGAUCUGACGCAAAUAUUGAAAGAAACAAGAGUAUGAGAGCUGAAUUAUUGAAACUCACAGCAGAACAAGUUGAAAAGUUGAAGAAAAAGGCUAAUGAAUUUGAUAUUCCAAAAGGGUCAAGACCUUAUAGUAGAUUUGAAGCUAUAAGUGCACAUAUAUGGAAAAGUGCAUCUAAAGCACGUGAUCUUGAAAAGAAACAAGAAAGUGUUUUAAGAUUCAAUGUUGAAAUCAGGAAUAGAAUAAUUCCAAAUCUUCCAGAUUAUUACUAUGGGAAUGCUUUGAUUCAAACUUCAGCAAAAGGGUAUAUUGGAGAAAUCACAUCAAAGCGGUUGAGUUAUGUUGCAAAGAAGAUAAGGGAAGCACAUGAGAUGAUAACAAAUGAGUAUAUAAGGUCACAGAUUGAUGUUAUUCGGGGUUUUGAGCAUUUGGAAGAUGCAAGGAAAUUGUUUAUAGGCAGUGAAGGUAAGGAUGCUACAUAUUUUGGGAAUCCAAAUCUUCAUCUAACAAGUUGGAUAAAUUUGCCUACAUACAAAGCUGAUUUUGGGUGGGGAAAACCAUUUUACUUUGGUACUGGAUAUGUUUCUAGACAUGACAGGGCAUGGAUUCAAUUGGUUCCUGACAGAGAUGGUUCUGUUAUUGUGUGUAUGCAUUUUCAGGUUGAAUUGAUGGAGCUUUUCAAGAAGUUUUUCUAUGAGGAUUUAUAUGACUUGUUCACAUCAGCACGAUUGUGAAUUUAUGAUAACGAGGAUUUAUGUCAUAUUUUUCAUGUGUUAGUGGGAAUAGUGAGAAUUUGAAGUCUUUAUAUAUGUUAACUAAAUACUUUAUUAAGUUGAUUAUUAUCAAUAUAUUUUAUUGACAUUA